AGCUGCCAACAGAAACAAGAAGAAGAAGAAGAAGUAUAACGAUUCUGCUAUUUGGUAGCUUAGCCCUGAAUGUGCCUCCAAAUAUGUGAGAAAUGUGAGGUUUACCAAAUUUCGGACACACGCUGUACUUUAAUUGUCAUCACCUGCAUACCAUGGCAGACGAACGGUUUCUGUCGGAUUCAGACAUCUCGGCUGAGGGGGACUGUCGCCGUUUCUGUGGCUCUUGUUAUUGUAGCUAGCGUUAGGGUUAGCUACAUUAGCUAACACUGCUGUCUUCGCUCUCAGCAUAACCGAUGUUGAUUCAUUGCUGCGGGGCAGUAAGUUAAACCGCAAAACAAGGUAACUGUGGAGCAAGUUGCAGACACAAACAGCUGACCUAAGCCAUGUUCAUGUUAUGUUUCUUAACUCAUUAGGUAACUGGCCUCAGCCAGUCUCUUAGGCAAGGUUGUAGUGCCCGAUAUGUAAACGUUAUUUGACAAGUGGAAUUAAACACCAACCGCUGUAUGCUUUACCCGAAGAAACCUCAAUUACAAUGUCAUUACUAGCUAAGGUUAGCUUAAACACCUAACGCAGCCAGCAGUUUAACGUUAACUCGUUGACGUUAUUGCUAUCUAAAUGGUUUGAGAUGGAGCAGCAGAUAUCAGCCACUGACAUGGCUUUCUCUCUGCACAACACAUCUGUCUGAGUUGAACGCCUGUGAAGGGGAAACCAUGUCUUGCAAAGCUGCAACCAAGGACAAGAAGUCGAGCUUCAGCAAGAAGCUGUUCAGGCGAGGCUCUGUUCGCUCUGUGGGCAGUUUUAUGAGCAGAGUCCUGAGGACACUGACAGCCUUAUCCCACUUUGGAUCUGAGGUACAAACAGAGGAUGACAAAGAUGAUGGAGGAUUUUCCACUUUUAAAUCUGGAAGUAAAGAUGUGCCCAUGGACGAUGGGGACAUGGGGGGUUUCCUGUCCGGAGAGAGAGUUCCUGGAGUGUCAGGUCUCAAAAACCACGGGAAUACCUGCUUCAUGAAUGCGAUUCUGCAAUGCCUCAGUAACACUGAACUUUUUGCCGAGUACCUGGUUCUGGAGCACUACAAAGGCGAGGAGCUGGACGAGGACAAGCCGAAGACAAAUGGCGUACAUCUGCAGAAGAAGGGUCCUCUGGGUAAAGGAGAGGUUACGGAGCAGCUGUCAGGACUUGUGCGGGCUUUGUGGACGUUUGAGUAUACCCCCCAACACAGCAGAGACUUCAAGAAUGCUGUGUCAAAAAAUGCCACGCAGUAAGGGAACGCUCAGCACGAUGCUCAAGAGUUUCUGCUGUGGCUGCUGGACAGAGUGCAUGAGGACCUCAAUACAGUCAACCCCAACAGCAGGCCUGCUAUAAAGCCCCCUAUCGAAGAAGAUGACCAGAGCAUAGAGGGGCCUUCUCCUCCCCUCUCUGCUGGGUCGUUCGUACAAGAACUGUUCCAGGCUCAGUACAGGUCUUCUCUCACCUGUCCACAUUGCCAAAAGCAGAGCAAUACGUUUGAUCCCUUCCUCUGCAUCUCCUUACCCAUCCCACUACCGCACACACGGCCCCUGUAUGUGACAGUGGUCUACCAGGGGAAGUACUCUCACUGUAUGAGGAUUGGAGUUGCUGUUCCCCUCAACAGCACUGUCUAUCGCCUCAGAGAUGCUGUGUCACGUGAGACCAAGAUCCCAAUGGACCAGUUUGUUCUGACUGAAAUGUACUAUGAUGGUUUUCACCGAUCAUUUUGUGAUGAUGACGACGACCUUGACAUCAUUCAAGAGAGUGAUUCCAUCUUUGCCUUUGAGACACCAGAGACCUUCAAACUGGAAAAUAUACGCACAAAAAGAGGAAGUCUCCUUGCAAACCUGAAUCACAACAACUUGAAGUAUGGGACAGAAAUCAGCAGGACUCCAUCUUUCAUGCAGGGGGCCAUGACUCCUGUAACUGCAUCACCCAAUAAAAACCUGGGGCCAGAAAAAAUUAUCCUUUUGGUGUGUAACAGGGCUUGCACUGGCCACCAAGGAAAGAGGUUCGGCUUGCCCUUUGUUCUGUACAUGGAGCGCGCCGUGACCUGGGAUGCUCUACAAAAAGAGAUCCUGGAGAAAAUGCGUCAUCUUUUGAGGCCUGGGGUCUACAUUCAGGUGGGACCUUUCAGUCUUCGGGUGGUUGGCGUUGUUGGUAUAACCUACCUCCUUCCCCAAGACGAGCGACCACUGUGUCACCCAACUGUGGAAAGGGCAUACAAGUCCUGUGGACAAGGGGGACCACCGCAUGUGAAGAUAGUGGUAGAGUGGGACAAAGAGACCAAGGACUAUCUGUUUGGACACACUGAGGAGGAGUACAUUCCUGAUGCUGAGAGUGUGUAUCUGCACAGAGAACAACAUCAUCAGCCGCAGGCUUGCACCCUCGCUCAGUGCUUUCAGCUCUACACUAAGGAGGAACAGCUGGCCCCAGACGAUGCCUGGCGCUGUCCCCACUGCAAACAGCUGCAGCAGGGCCGCAUCAAGCUCAGCCUGUGGACACUGCCGGAUGUGCUCAUACUGCAUCUCAAGAGGUUCAGACAGGAGGGGGACCGCAGGGUGAAGAUGCAGAACAUGGUGAGGUUCCCGCUGAUGGGUAUGGACAUGGCACCUCAUGUGGUUAAGAGGAGUCAGAGCAGCUGGAGUUUACCUUCCCAUUGGUCGCCAUGGAGAAGGCCCUACGGCCUGGGACGAAACCCUGAUGACUACCUAUAUGACCUUUAUGCUGUGUGCAACCACCAUGGGAAUAUGCACGGAGGCCACUACACUGCUUACUGCAAGAACUCUAUCGAUGGUCAGUGGUACUGCUUUGAUGACAGUGAGGUUUCGCCAGUAGCUGAUGAUGAUGUGUGUCAGCAGACGGCCUACAUACUCUUCUACCAGAGGAGGACUGCUAUUCCCUCCUGGUCGGCCAACAGCUCUGUUGCUGGUUCCACCAGUUCAUCUCUGUGUGACCACUGGGUCAACAGGCUGCCCGGUAGCAGGCCAGCUAGCUUGGCCUCUGGAGCCUCAUCCAGACGCACCUCACUGGCUUCUCUGGCUGAGUCAGUAGAGUUUCCAGGAGAGCGCAGUGAGGAUGAUGGAGGGUUCUCCGUCCGCCCUUUUGUGAGGAGCAUUCAGCGUCAGAGUUUGUCUUCCAGGUCAUCCAUCGCUAGUCCUUUAGCCUUCAGCGACAGCGGGAUAAAGCCGUCUUGGUCUCUCUCUGCGAAGCUGCACAUGAGAUCCAACUCACCCUCACGUUUCUCCCUCGACUCUCGAUGCUCACCUCCUUUAGAGAGGAUAGGAGAGGCCUCUGAUGAUAAGGUUUCCACAUCCUGUUUUGGCAGCUACAGUAGACACGAACGUUACUUUGGCAGCAGGACUCCUUUGUCUAUGAUGGAGAGCAACUUCAGCGACCAGGACAACAAUAAAAGGUUCCUAGACAUGAUGUACUGCAGGGCUCCCACUCCAGUGGAAAAGAGCACCAAAAAUGAGCCAACUGAAAACAACAACCAGAUUACAGCUAUAGACCAAAACAUACUACCUGCCCAAGCAACUCCCUCCAAAGAACAGAAACGGAAGAGUAGCAUUGGAGGAUUUGCCUCAAAGGCAGAAAGCACAGGCUCCAUAAAGAGCUCAAACAAAGUGGAGCAAGAGAAAACCUCCAAAAAACGUUUGUGCUCAACGCUUAAGACCUCUGCUUCUGAGACGUCUUCCAGUACGCCUGUGAAAGGCAAGAAGGUGAGCAAUACUAAAGAAAAGAGUGUAAAUGCCAAGAAAAACACCUCAACACCCAGUGGGACCCCUUCCAAAAGAAAGGAAGCAACUCUGCCUCCAGAGGCGACACCACAACAUAAGCCAUGUGUCCGCUCCACACCUCAGUCCUCAGCUUCUCCCUCACCAACUGCAAAGAAGAAUUCCAGUGUCACAGAGAAAAGUGCUACGAGUGGUCGGAAACGACUGGUAGAAAGGAGCUACAGCAGAGAUUCUAUGCACACUAGCCCUCUGGUUGACAACCUCCGAGGCAGCUCAGUAGCUCGCUCUUCACCCUCUAAGAAUGGGGAAAGCAAUCGGCUCGAAAAGAGAUCUGUGAGGAGCUCCAGCAGCAGCUCUUCGGUCACUAGCCUGCGCUCACCCAGCGUAUCCACCAGAGACCUGCAGCGUAGCAGCAAAUCUGAGGAAAAAGGGUUGUCUUUCUUCAGGAGUGCCCUUCGGCAAAGGGAAAGCCGCCGGUCGGCUGACUUAGGAAAAAGUACCUUGCUUGCCAAAAAGGCCUCUGAGAGGACGUGCAAGCAAAAUGGACAAGCCAAGGAGAUCGGUGCUGAAAAUGGAAAGACAGGAGACGCUGUGUCCUCACAGACGUCUAUCGAGACUCACGGAGGUGAGACAAAGGAGUCUUCCAAGCCCCCCAGCUCUCUCAGUCGCACUCUAUUAAACGUAGGCAAGUCCAAGUCUUCCACUUCUGAAGUAAGUCUCAAGUCUCCCACAAACGGGAAGAAGCCUCUUGAAAGGAUGGCAUCUUCCCGAAAGCUGUCGUCGAGCAUGCAAUCUCCCGCACGUACAACACAGAGGCCUCAAUGAUAUAUCCAUAGUAGUUAUAUUGAACUUACAUAUUGCAGCUAUUUUCUUUGUGCCUAAGUUUCAGUGAGCAGAUAUAUUUGUAAAGAGACACAUUUUUUGAUGUUAUGGUUUUGUAUUAGAUGUAUAGGAUAGGUUUAAGGUUUGAAUAUUGGCAACCAGCUUUGGAUGAAAAGUAAAGCACUGUACUGCAUUUGCAUCUUUUGGUGCCAAAAUUUUGCCUGGUAUGGCUCCAGUUCUAGUUUUUAGAGUAGUGUAUAUUGUUACCAGUUACACCUUUUGAGCAUUAGGUAUGAUUUUCACAUGAGAGAGAAAAUGGAGGGCAGGGUGAUUACUUGACACAUUAGACGUUUUCUGGCAUCGAGGGUGCAUAAGCAUGCCAUGUGCAUCAAGCUGUGCAGCACAACCUGUUUGAUUGUGUGUACUUGAGAACUGUAUGACAGCUGACAGAAUUCCCUAUUGGAGUCUUGAAAUCCAAUUAUCUUUCCUUCAGACAAGAGGAUUGUUACAUCUUUGAAAAAUAUCCAGCUAGAAAAACCUGAUUUAAAAUGCAACAGCUUAUAUGUUAAAAAAAAUUAAUAGGAUAAGAAACAUUUUCUCUUUGUAUGCACCAACAAUACAUAGUUUGUCUUGUAGAGUAACAUUCUUAACUAAUACAGAAGCUGGUUGUUGAUGCUCAAACCUCACUGCUGUUCUAUAUGCAUUUUGAACUCAACAACAGUGAGAACAGAACAAUAACAUUGAUAAUUGUCUCUGGACAAAUACUGAAACAGAGCUGAUAUGCUCACACACACACACACCACACACACACACACACACACACACACACACACACACAGUUUCAUUCCGAAAUUAUUGUGGCAUAAUAGCUUUCAUUGAUUGUUUUAAGCCGAUAAGACUGACCAUUGGUAAGUAAAAUCCACAGUAAAUUUUUCACCCACACACACACACACACUUUCUCCACACACCUCAUGUCAUUGGUUAACAGGGAUAGUAUGAGUGGUUUUUGUCUAAAGUAGUGGAGAAAGACAUCAGUAGACUAUAUGUACUCACAACUAAUUUCACAUAUGUGUUGAGAGUAUCUAGGAUCAGUAUGGAGCAGCAGUAACAAAUAAGCAUCUUUAUUAUUAUAAACAUUAAAAGAAUAGUUGAGAAAUUGAGAAGUAACAGCAGGCUCUGGACCAAAACAGGAAAGAAUUUGAGAUGAAAAAUGGGAAUUCAAGAUGGGGUCAAUACGCAAAUUAAAAACUUUAUUUUUGUUUGAUACUAGUACCUUUUCAAUAGAAAUGUAUUUUAUUAAAUGCUUAUUGAUGUUGAGUACGUUUUUUUUCCUCAAAAGGGAGGAUAUUUGGAAUGAAACCCUUUAAAUUCAAAAUAUAUAAAUAUAUAUAGGUGUGUCUGUACAGAUAUUGACAGAAAGUAUAUAGUAUAUAACCCUUUCUUUCCCCCCUUUCCAUGAGCAAGAUGAAAAUUAUCUUAAGCGCCUUUCAAUACUGUACAUGGAAACAAAUAAUUGCCUUUGGCAACAUAGUAGUCUACUACUGUAUGCAUCACUGAGUAGGAAUGUCGUGUUGUCCGCACUUUGUAUAGAUAAAAUAGUUUGAUUUUACCCAAAACAGUCAUACACACACACACACUAACUUAACAAUGUAAUUAUCUAAUUUUUAAUAUGUUGUCUGUAUGUGAUUAUAAGACAUAUCGUAAAGUAGAGUCAAUAGGCCUUAGACUUGAAAUGGUAAAAGGGUACAUUCAUCUCAAUGUUUCAGGGGUCAUUUUAAACAAAAUCACCCCUUUACUACACCUGGUGCUGUAACAGACCACUGCUCCUCUGGCACUAAUGUUUCUUAAAUGAACAUGUUUGCAAAUGCUGAUGUUCAGAACUGUGACCACACACACACACACCCUUCAGUGAACUGGACACCUGUUGGCAGCGUUUAUCAUCACCUGUGGUACCUCACUGGAGAGGACCAUAUUUAGCCUUUUUUUUUCUUCAGACUGAAACAGAAUAUUAAUAAUCAGCCAUUCAGUUCAUAAUAGAAAAGCAUUUAUAUUGUCUCUGAGCAGUUGUCCAGAUCUCAACUAUCAGGCGCUGCAUGAUUGCAUACUAGUUUUGCAGCAUAAUGAUAGAAGCAGAGGCAGGUUAGUGUCACUUGAGCUGUCAUGAUGGUUGCUGGCCUCAAUUUGAACAGCUUUGCCAUUGUAGAAUUAACCCACCUGUACCGGUUAUUGCAAUAUUCAUACAUUAGAUACCAGCACAGUGUAUGUUUUCAGUGAAUGAAUGUGGAUAUGCCAUUAAAAUCCAACCAUUAGUAAGCAGGUUUUACUUUAAGCAUUAACAUAAUCUUUGAAUUAUAGAUCUACAGUAUUUCUCUCAACUGUUUCUCUGUAGCAUCUACCAGGUUUACAUUGGUUCUCAGAUGGUUUCAGUGGAAAUACCACUCAAUUUAAAGACUGAAGUAUGUUAUUUAAAUGGCCUGUAUGUUGGUUUGAGCAGAUUUGGUAAGAGAGGAUUGCUUUUGGAGUAUAAAUCAAGUUUUUAGAGCAUUUUUCUUGAUACAAGCAAACAUUAGUAUUUGUCACUCAAAGAUUCACAUCAUUCUGUGCACUCUUGGCAGGUAACAUUGCAAUAUGGCGACACUUGAAAAUCAUAUUCUACCUAGCAGUGUUUUAUUUAAAUGUUGCAUCCAUCUGUUGAGCAUACAAAUAGACACAGUGUAGUUUUUUGUUUAACCAGAGCAUCAAACCUGACAUAAGGAGGACUUGUGAUGAGUAAUUUUACCUGUGAAGUGCUGAACAUGAUCAAUACUAAAAUCCUCUGUGUAUCCUCAGGACAUUUUUAUCACUGUGUUCUUUGCUGAUUUAACAGUGUGCUGUCCUUUGGUGAUAAUAAUGGAUUUGUGGAAACGUUAUCUGCUGUAGAAUUGAGAUUUUUGUGUUGGCAUGCUCAUCACUUUCUCCCAAAACUUUUUGGGACUGUCAUUAGAAAAAAUAUAGUGACUGGUGAGUUCAAACAUGAAUGGACCAUAGAAAUAACAUACUUAUUGUUUAAAUAUGGUGGUAUUCCUGUAGCUGCUCUUUUCUACUUAACAUUGUGAUCUAUCAGGAACCUGUGCAUGGCACUUUGGAUCAAAGCAGGACGUUUUUUAUGUAAUUUUGGCUUUCACCGUCUCGUUUGCCUGUUUUUAAAGUCUGUAAUUAAGUCGUAGUGGCUAGUGUGCAUUUUAGAGCUGGAUCAUGUCAUUACAAUUCAUGUAGCCAAAACCCAGUGCAUUAGGAUGUGAUGCCCCCUCACUUUUUACUUUAUUUAGAUUUUUUGGGGGAAUUGUAAACAAGGAUCAGUAAAUAAUGUGAGUCAUAUUGCACAGUAUACAGCUUAUUUAAACAUGGGUCAUAAAUUGUGAUCACAUUGUUUUUCAAAUUUUUCCUGUACAGAACUAAAACCUGAAAGCUGCAGCACGUUGCCUUGUUUUCCAACCAUUUUCCAUUCAUCCAUAGCAAUUUUGAUUAUAGCCAUUAUUAUAAUUAUUAUUUAUUUUUUAAAUUUUUUUUUACAGCAUGUGAGAUUACACGAGACAUGGCGGUUUAGCAGUUACAGUUAGAGAUCCUCACAGGAGACAGCUCACUCAGUAGCAACUUGGUGGCGUUGUACAGCCUGAAUUCCUGAACGAGGUAUAUAGUAUAUUGCAGAGCUGGUCCAAAGUCCAGCGUGUGAUAUGAAUGUCUGUGGUAUCACUUUGGUCCUGUAUUAUGUUACAGGAACCUGUUGUCAUUUAGUGACACAUUUUUGAAAUCAAAUAGCCUCCAAUCAUCAUCAAAAAAAAAAAAAAAAAAAACACUUGAGGGUUUUUAUUUUGCCUUUGACCAACAUACUAGUGGUAGAGCAAUAACCCAGUAAUCAUCUCAUCGAGUUGAUGGUCAUCAAUUAGACUAAGGAAGUUGAGGUUUGAAUGACCAAAAAGUGCAAACCUGACUGGCUUUUGAGAGCUCAAAAGGCCACUGAAGACCAGACAAGUACUGUACUCCAUAUGAGAAGUUUUCUAUCCAGUUAAUCCAAAUACAUAUGUGUUUUAAUGAAGAUGUCAAAAAAAAUUCUAUGUAAAAUGUAAACAGAAAACAUUUUUACACACUUUCUUCUCUCCUUCACUGCAGUUGUCUGUUUUUUUAAUUUGUUGUCAAUGUACAAAAUUAAGAAUGAUUAAGGAAUGCAGUAUUGCAUGAAAACGCUAAUGCAUGUAUUUCAUUAACUAUGCAAGAGUCUGCAGCUGUGUACAGUAGAAAGCAGAGCAUGGCUGGUAUAUUCCAUCGCUUAAUUUGCACACCCUUCCAAUAUUUAGAAAUUGUAAAUUACAGAGUAUUUCAUCGUUCAGGUGAAUGGAUUAAUCUUAAAAAUCUUGCCUAAAUGAAAAUCUAUUUAAUGUCAUAAUUGCUUUUAGCAUUCUACCAUUUAGUGAUCAUAUUUUGUAUUGUUUGCUCAUUAUUUUGUAUUUUUUUCUGCUGGUCUGUGCUCUCUGGGUGCUCCUACCAAACUGGUAGGUUACUGUCUUUUUUUUUUUUUUUCUUGACAAGAUGUUUAAUAUUUACUGUUGUACACCAGCAGAGACAAACACUAUGGAUGCGAUAAUCUCAAUGUGGUUACUAAAUAGCCUCAUGUAUGUAUGUAUGUAUGUAAGUAAGUGUGCAUUGUGAAAAGGCUUUCCAUCAAUUCACUUCAGUGAUAACAGUUUGUGAACCCCUGUUAAAAUGUUGCUCAGCUGCAUCAAAGAUGUGGUCAGUCUCUAAUAUAAAGGUAACUCAAAUAAUUAUAUAUAUAGCUAAAUGCAAUAAACAAAGAUAGUAAAUUUAUAGUUUUAUAUUACAACAUGUAAUGAACAGUGAUUCAAAUGUAAAUGUUCAGUUAAUACUUUUUGUAGUAUUUAUGCCACAUCAAUCAUUUUAAUCACGUGAUGCGAUGUGAUUUUUAUUUUUUAUUCAAAGCUGGCAGUUUAUCAGCAAACAAACAGCAACGCUUAAACAUUCUUUAAAGCAGUGCCACUCUUUUUUUUUUUUCUCUGAUGACUGGUGAAGUGGGUAUAAAACAUUAAUCACUCUAGCCGUUAAAAUGCACACAGGCUUCCCUGCAGAAGUUAAUUAAGAUUAGCAAAUCCUGCAUUGAGUUAUUGUUGAGACAUGGUUGUUUUGUUUAGUUGUUAACAGUCGCAAGAAGUUUCACUUUUUCAAGGUGAGACCAUUAAUUCAUGAUAGUAUAUGCAACACGUUUGAGUAUUUUACCACUGAAUCAAAGUUGCAAUAACCACUGAAAGUAAAAUACUAAAAUCCUACAUUUGAGCCACAGAUACUGUAGUACUACAGCAAUACAGCACUGAAGUGGUUUCCAUAGGAUAAAUAUGGUCAAAAUACUUAAUAAUUAUGAGUUUGGGGUAAAAUGUAAACACUACAAAGAGACGAUACAGGAACUUCAGCCUCAAGCAGAACAAAUUGUAAUGGUUAAUUUGUAUCUGGAUGAUACAGAAACUGAAGAGCUGUGUAAUGAAUGAAUGUCAUGAGUCUCAUUUUAUUUUUUUUUUUUAAAGCUAACAUAAACACUACAGUGCUAAAUCCAUAGCACGUAUCUACUUUGACCCUUUUGUCUUUUACUUGUGCUUUUUUAAAUGCAUCAUUCACAAAGCAUUUUGUAAAAUACAGUAUGUUGCAUUUAUUGUGAAUUGUUUUUUUUUAACCUAUUGAGGCCAUUUUACUGUAUUCCUUGUUGUACCAGGUUCAUGAGGUUAUUAUUGACAUCUGCUUUGUCUUAACUGGCCUAAUGCUGGUCUUCUUUUCUUACACUUUACAUUAUUUUUCUUAUUAUAUUUUUAUUUUGUUUGUAUUUUGUAACAGUAAGAAAACUGUUAAUUCAGUAGUUCCAAGUUCAUUAGACUGUCACAGUCUUCUAUGUUAAUUUAUUUCUGUUUUGUUAUCAUAUAUGCACUUUUAAUAUUUUUUUUAUUUCUCCAAAAAGACAAAUGUGUAUAUACUUUGUUGGUUUACCCAUGCAAGUACAAAAUGAAAAAUCUGAUUAAAAAAAAUAUUGAAACUG